AUGGACUCGAGUCAACUAGCCUUGCCGGAGCCAUCUUUGUUGGAGAUAUUUCGGUUCCAGUGCCCUAAUGUCUACUUCAAGAGUUCACCCAGUGCUAUGCCUAUCGGGGGGAUAAGUGUCAUUGAAUCUGCGAACGACCUUAUUGAUAGCCGAGCGCCUGGCUUCCUUCGAAUUUUCCUCCCAAGCUGGGAAAACUAUGGCCUUUUCUCCAAUACACCCUUGCCAUAUGGAUCUGAGGGAAAGCCCCGAAAUGAGUACGACACUCUGUAUCCUCUAGCUCAUUUGCGCAUGGCCCAGGAAGUUUACUUACGUCUUUUUCAAAUUGUUCAAUAUCUUCAUGUUAUCAGGCGUAUGCAUCUGCUGAAGCUUGAAAGAAUGGGAGGUCAAAGAAUCUCUCAGAAGCGAGGCCAACGCGUUGAUGGCCUUGCCAUCAACCUUACGCUGGCUGAAAUGUACAGUGAUUGGGAGACAGUCGAAGAGGAGUUACGUUCUGUGAGAAAACUACGGUUUCGAAAAGAAAACAGGCUCGCUAGAAGAUGGCUAUUGGUGGCGACUCGGCUCUCCUUUGGCGCGCUUCUGGUCUGUUCCAAGAAGCUCGAACGAGAAAUAAAGCCAACUGAUCGCUCGGGCUACGAACAUUGCCAAUGA